UGCUAAUUGUUUUGAGAAAUGCAUUUCUUGUUGUGCAAAUGUAAAUAGUGUAGUGAGAAAUGCACCAAAGUGACUAAGAAAAAACUGUAAAUCAUGCUUAUAUCAUGGUGGAACAUGAUAAUGUGUUAAAUCUAGCAGUGUGUGAAAUAUUAUAGUUAACUAAUGCUAGUAAUUUGAUAGUUAUCUAAGGCAGCACUAAUACAUUUAUUCAAUUAAUGAAUAUUGAUUCUGAAAAAAUUUUACUUAGUUUGUAGAAACAGUAAGAAAAAUUAGAUUUUCUUGUGAAAACAUGUUUUCUGCUACUUUUCAUCAGUUAAAAGUGUGCAAAUGUAAAUUUUAUUAAUAGAUAAAAAACAGUUGCUCCUUCUAAAGCUUUUGAAUAGAAAUUAAAUAAACUUUGUCAACAACAGGGGUGCUCUUUAAAUUCUUUAAAUUGAGUAAUUUCUUCUUUGUAAUACAGUUUACUAUGUUGUUUGCACAAUCUUUUUUUAAAAAGACACACCAAAAACAAAAAACAAAACAAAAAAAACUUGGCAAAAGCACCCUUGUGUUUGUUAGUAAAAUUUCACAACCGCCCACAAGUGGCAGGACUUAUGAUCAAUGUAGAUCUGUUCAGUUGUCACAACAGUUUGUGCUGCGUGGGAAAAACGAGAGAUACUGGAACGCAAUCAACGGACACAACGCUAUAUUAACUUCUGGAUUGCUUUUGUUGUAUUGUAUCUGGUUCAGUAUGUCUUGCGUAUCUGAAAGCUCGCAUCUCAACAAGUUCCUGCGCCAUCGAUACCUCAAUCUUCCCCAAGGAGACUUCUGUCUGGUCACUUAUGUCUGGAUCGAUAGUUGUGGUGUGGACCUGUAUAGCAAAACUCGAACCAUGGACUGUGAACCAAAAAUCCUAGCUGACGUACCAGAAUGGGAUGUUGGUCUUGAGACUGAAGAAUCCAGCUCUGAGAUGCUACUUAAUCAUGUCCGCAUGUUCAGGGACCCCUUCUUUCUGGGUCCGAAUAAACUUAUCCUUUGUGAGGUGCUCAAACACACACGAAAACCUGCAGAAUGGAACCACCGUAACAGGUGUAACACGCUCAUGGAGAAGGUCAAAGAUCUUUAUCCUUGGUUUGGCAUGGAGCAGGAAUAUACUCUUCUGGGAGUGGACGGACACCCUUACAGCUGGCCCAGACUUGGCUUCCCCAAACCACAAGGUCAUCACACUGAUAUGAUGAGUUUUUAUACCCACAGUUUAUAGCAGGAGUGUCCAACACUGCUCCAGGUAGGCCAGUGUCCUACAGUGUUUAGCUAGAGAUGGCCUGUGUGGGACAGUGGCUUUCCAGGAACAGGUUUGGUGGAGGUUAAAGGUGCAACAUUAAGUGGCUAACAUGAAUUCUCAGCAGGUGUUGCAAAUCGUAGGGUCAGCAUCCGCAUCCCUUGUCGGGUCGCUUUGAAUAAAUGUGGCUACUUU